AUGACAAGAGUGAGAAGGGCCCGCUCCCCGCCCCUCCUCGCUCUUCAAAUAGACCUGUGGGUCCGUGCUGCUCCUGUGCUUCAUUCUCUCCACGAAGCGGCCACAUCCCGAAGUCUCUCCAAUCGACUGCGGUGCCAGGUGGCGGGAUCAUAUCAGGUAGCAGAACGUGAUACAGGAGUGGAGAUAGGAAACUACCGCUGCUCGGUGAGCAUUCCGGAGCUUACCCAGGCUUACUCAAAGGUCUCUCCGGUAGAAGUGAACAUGGUGUCCUCAGCGAAACUCCCGCUAUUUGAAGGGGAUGAAGAGAUUGAACGAUCGUGGUUGAAGAACUAUGCCCAGACUGUGGACCGUGAUCACCCGGGUAACAACACUUCUCAAAGUUCAGCGCCCUUCUGCCUUCCGGAACUGCGAAUGGCACCCCCAGAUCAGGCACAUGGGUCCGGACCGUCCUCUGCACUCAUCGGCAUUGGUAGGAACAACGACGGAGGUGAUGGAAUGGAAGAGACAGAGGAGGAAGAAAAGGAAAGGAACGCAGCCAAGAGGAAGAGGAACAAGGUAGUGGUCCACAAAACCCCCCGGAAUCGUCCUGUGAGCAAAUCCAUCAUGGAAGCCUUGUGGACAACAUUUAAAAUGAAGCAUCAGGUCAGGACAGCUGAAGCAGUAAGACUGGCUGGAGAUUUGGCGAUCUACGUUCCACAGGUCACAGCCUGGUUCCAGAGCACCAGAGGGAAACACCAGGAAAUGGCUACGGUCCAGAAGAAGGUGACAAAGUCUGCGCAGGAUGAAGUCUUCCAUAACCCACUGCAAGUGCUCCGCUUAAAACAGAUUGGGAAGAACAACUCCUUCUACCUGCCCCCUGCUCGCUCCAUCGGGCAAUCUGGGAAUUCCAAUUCUGAAGACGUCAAACAUAAGUCAUUGAAAAGGGCAGACUUUGACAUAUCUUCUUGA